GACACCAUCAGCUGCGCCGAAUUUCCUUUCGAUCGCGGCCCAUCAGCAGCACCAGCAGGGCAGCAGCUGCCUCGACGUCGGCCGAUCAUUCGCUCCCUCGAGUGUCGUCGCGUGUUGAGUGCAGCGUGUCUGACGUCAGGCAGCAGCAGCAGGGCGAGGAGGAAGACCUCGAGGGUCGACGACGACGACGACGAAUUGCCCGAAGACCAGGCUUGCGCAGAGCAGCGGCAGCAGCGGUCAUGGCAAGUAGCGUAGGAACUGCUCCCGGCGGUGCUGCUGCAAUGACGACACCAGGCCAGCUGAAAAUGUCGUCCAAGUUGCUGAGGCAGCGGGCUCAGGAGUUCCUGGCUUCGCGCAAGCACGCCAACAAUCUCGUCGACAUCAUCGGCAUGUGGGAGGGCCACACGCUCGCCUGCAUACUCACGAUGGAGACCAUCUUCGGGGAGCUGCUCAAACGCGGGGAUAUGUACGUUGAGCGUACGAUAUCCCUCACGAUUUCAGAACCUACAGCUGAAAUGAGGUACACUAAUUGGCUGCGAAAUUGUUACGAAGAGAUCUGGGUAAAAAUAUUAAAUUCCAUGGAAGAUCCUCGUCCAGCCAUACAAACACAAGCUCUAACAACUGCCAUUAAGUUAAUGGCAGCAGAAGGAAGGACUCCCUUGGAGCCAGUAGAGAAUGUAGAAUAUUACUUUCCUUUGCAUCGUCUAAAGUUAAUCAUUAUGAAACUCUUGUCGCCAGAGAAAGAAAACUUUUCUCUCAUUGCAAGAUUCCAAGAAAUCUCUAGUUAUUUGGAUGCACUCUUUUUCACCUGGAAGUGUCUUCCAGCUCUCACUCCCAAAAGACAACCGCAACAUGUAUAUAUUAGGAAUUUAUUAGAAUUUGUGCACAAGUUGCCUCUGCCAGAAGAAAAUAAUAGCCAAAAUGGAAACAGUAAUAAUCCAGAAUUACUGUGUGGACCACAACAAGCUGCCGGAGGAUUCAAAUGUGAUUACGCUAGUGCUAAAAAAGCUUUAAACAAAGUUUGGUCUUGCAUAAUGCAUUGGGAACUAACACCACAAAUACAUAAACAAUUGCUUAUUGUUCUUUUGGAGAGAGUGAUGCCACACUUGGAAAAGCCAGUAUUAAUGACAGAUUUUUUAAUGGACUCUCUGGAUGCAGAUGGUCCCAUAGGUUUACUAGCACUUCAAGGAGUUUUUGUAUUAGUCACUAAACACAAUUUAGAAUAUCCAAAUAUUUUCACCAAGCUGUAUUCCAUGUUUGAACCAGAAAUAUUUCAUACUAAAUACAAGGCUCGUUUGUUCUACCUCUCAGAUCUAUUCCUCAGUUCAACACAUUUGCCAGAAGCUCUCGUAGCCGCAUUUGCCAAGCGACUAUCUCGGUUGACCCUGGUUGCCCCGCCUGAGGACAUUCUUAUAAUCCUGCUGUUUAUUGGGAACCUUCUGCUUCGGCACCCGGGUCUCAAACGCCUUAUUGAUCAUCCCCAGAACCAUCAGCUCAUCUCUAAGGAGGAGACGGGCGCGGGUGAUCCCUUCCUCAUGGAGGAGCGCGAUCCGCUCCAGAGCAAUGCGUUGCUCAGUAGCCUCUGGGAGAUCAAAGCCCUCCAGUGCCAUAUACUGCCCAGCGUUGCGACAGCUGCGAGGUUCAUCCGUGACCCCCUGCCUUCGGUCGAGUACGACAUGGCCUCGGCUCUCGAACGCACCGGUGGUCACUCAUUCGAUCGUGAAAUCAAGAACAAGGUCAAGGACAUCAUGCUCACCUUCGAAAGACCCAGCUCGAUGGCUUUGCCUAAGGGCGAACGUAUUCUACAGUACUGGCAACUCACUACAAUGCAUUAAUCCUGGGACUUGCACGCUGGGCGAAUGUCACCUCGCCCGGGAAAUCUUUCUGACGUUUCCGUCGGUGCGUAUAGUUAGCGAAACGUGAUAUUUAUCAAUAAGUUUACUUUUGUUUUAUUAAAAUACAUGGAACUCGCGCUUGUUUUUAAAUAAAAUCUGUGUAAAGCCGAAAUUGCCAUAUGGUGCCUUGGUUAUCUAUGGUUUUUUUCUAUUAUAUGAAUGAAUUUUUUAAUUCAUUAACUUAUGUAUGAGUUAAACAUUUUUUUUAAUGUUGGUACACUGUGUGUAUUCUGGUGCAAGUUGAGUCAGUAAUGCUAGAUUCAAACCAUGUAUGCAGAGCCAUGUGAUAAAGGUUUUUAAUUCUGUUCAGUUUCACUUUAAAAGCUUAAGUUAGAAAACAUUGCAUUAAAAGCAAGUAAAGUUGUGAGAUAAAUAUUGCCUUUCAUAACUGUAUACCGCGGAAAAUUAAACUUUCAAAUAUGCAAGUUCCCUGUUUGUGAAAGUUAACACACAAGUUUUUCGUGUAUGGUAUUGUCAAAUAUGUUACGCCAUUAGUGCAAUAAGAGCAUAGAUGAAAAAAAAUCAAAUAUAUCCUUGACUUGAGAAAGACUUAAUAAACAAAAACAUUUUCUUGGAGUAUUUCUUUGCUGCAGAUUAAUACAUCUGCUUAUGUACGUUAAGCGUAUUGUUAUACUACACUGUGUAAUCCAUAAUCGUUGAUGCCAGUUUAUCCUUGAUGUAGUAAUUUAAUUUUUGUUUAUAUGUACCUGGAUAAUGUAAUGGAUAACAGAGAAAAGAGUUAAAAAUUAAUUUUUUUCUUAAUGUUAUAUUCUUCAUUAUAACACUACGUUAUACUCGUUUUCCCAAUGACAAGCUUUAAAUAAAACAAAAAAGAAAAAACUGUUUUAUCAAAAGCCGAUGAUAAAGUUCGUUGUUGGAAAAAAAGAAAAAACGAGGAUGAAAAAUUCUGGUAAAAACAAUGACGACGCUUUUAAUAUUUGAAUAAAAUAUUGACUUGAGCAGUUAGUGAAUAACACUAA